GUCAUCUCGAUCGUGAUCUCACUUCAGCUAGCAUCCACUUCCUCAGAUCUGGAAAAUAGAGUAGCUUGUCAUGCUGUUAUAUCCAUGGUCUUGUGCGGUCCUUGCACUGCUCCUCGCAGACAAUGUCUCGUCCGAGAACGCUCACGCCAAGCUCCACCAACAUGCUCAGCAGCCCAUGAUAAAGUCGACUCCGAAGAGGGUGGCCAUCAUAGGUGCGGGCGCAGGAGGCUCGUCGACUGCAUAUCACCUCCACCAAUUCGCCGCCGCAGCAGGGAUCCCCAUCGACAUCACCAUCUUCGAGAAGAAUCCCUACAUAGGCGGCCGCACCACCACCGUCAACGCAUGGGACACGCCCGGCGAGCCCAUCGAGCUCGGCGGCGCCAUCUUCGUCAAAGCAAACAAGAUCAUGGUCGAAGCUGCCCAGGCCUUCAACCUCACCGCCACCAAGCUGUCGUCCGUCAAGCCCCCGUCCGGCACCUCGAACGCCCCGGAACUCGGCGUCUGGAACGGAGAGGAGUUUGUCUUUGAGCAGACCGGGAGCUGGUGGGAUGUGCCCAAACUGCUGUGGCGGUACGGGUACGCGCCCGUUCGCACGAACAACCUGGUCAAGGACGUCAUGGCCAGGUUCUUGAGGAUGUACGAGGCGCCCGUGUUUCCGUGGACGAGUCUGUCGGAUGUGGCGUAUGAGCUCGGACUUACGGAGGCCACGGCCGUGACUGGGGAGCAGUAUCUGCAGGCGAAUGGCGUGGGGAAGUUGUUUGCAGAUGAGAUCGUGCAGGCGAGCACGCGCGUGAAUUACGCCCAGAACCUGCCUGUCAUUCACGGUCUCGACACCAUGGUCAGCAUGGCAGCUCAGGGCGCCAUGUCCAUCGACGGCGGCAACUGGCAGAUCUUCGCGAACAUGGUCCAGACAGCCGCCGCACACAUCCAUCUCAACACCACCGUCUCCGCCGUCCAUCGCGCUGCAAACGGCUCCUUUUCCCUCACCACCACCACCACCUCCUCCUCCACCUCCCUCACCACUCCCCCCUUCGACACCAUCGUCCUCGCCGCCCCCUUCCACUCCUCCUCCAUCACAUUCUCCCCCAGACUCACACGUCCCCCCGACGCAGUCCCUUACGUCCACCUCCACGUCACCCUCUUCGCCUCUCCGCACUCCCUCUCCCCAUCCGCAUUCAACCUCCCCGCAAACACACCCGUCCCCAAAACCAUCCUCACCACCCUCCGCCACACGGCCGACACCAACUCCACCACCACACCCCCCUUCUACAGCAUAAGCACCCUCCGCCACGCCCCAAACCCCCAAUCCCACACCCGCGAAGCCCUCUACAAAAUCUUCUCCCCUGCCCCCAUCUCAGACGCUUACAUUGCACACCUCCUCGGUCUCGGCCCAUCUCCUCCGUCCUCAUCGCCACAGUCCCAAUCAGACUACAACCUCGCACCCCGGGACGUAUCCUGGCUGAAGCGGCACGAAUGGGACAGCUACCCGAUCGCGUUUCCGCGCGUGUCGUUUGAGGAGUUGUGGUUGGGUAUGGAUGUGGAUGUGGAUGUGGAUGUGGAUGUGGAUGGGCAUGCGGGCGGGGUGUGGUAUACGAGUGGGAUGGAGGGGUUUAUUUCGACGAUGGAGACGAGUGCGUUGGUGGGGAUGGAUGUGGCGAGGUUGGUUGUUGAUGGGUGGGGGGGUGAGAGGGGGUGA